AUGCUGGCUAUCUUGAUCUCUCUCGUUCCGGUCUUCUUCCGACUCAUGGGCAAGGUGGCUGGCAAGCCGACGCUUUCUGCUGUUGAGCUGCGAUGUCACGAGUCCUUCUUCUGGUUCCAGGUUCUCCAGGUGUUCCUGGUGACAACCUUGACUUCUGCUGCCAGCAGUGCGGUUCCAAGCAUCAUCAAAGAUCCUAGCGGCAUCCCGAACCUGCUUGCGCAAAGCAUCCCACGUGCAUCCAACUUCUACGUUUCCUAUAUCAUACUGCAGGGAUUGACCUUCGCCGCGGGCACUUUGGUCCAGAUCGCAGGCCUUGUCCUCUUUUAUGUGCUUGGGAGGCUUCUUGACAGCACACCCCGCAAGAUGUAUAACAGAUGGUACAAUUUGGCCAGCCUCGGAUGGGGUACGGUGUACCCAUUUCAAGAAAUCCUGAUCGUGGUCGCCGUCACGUAUGCACCUAUUGCGCCCCUCGUCUUGGGUUUCGCGACGAUCGGUCUAUGUCUCUACUAUGUCGCCUAUCGAUACAAUCUGCUGUUCGUGCAGACCUCUAUCAUCGACACGAAAGGACUGAGUUACGCCAAAGCCCUCAAUCAUACCCUGGUCGGUUGCUACCUCGGCGUUGUCUGUCUCAUCGGAUUGACUGCCAUUCAAUACGCAGCACCAGCUCUGUUCCUGUCCAUAAUCCUCCUGGUCGUCAUGGUUCUCUACCACAUGUCGCUGAAGAGUGCCAUGGAGCCUCUCAUCCACUACCUUCCACGAUCUUUGGAGGCGGAGGAAGCAGCACUAUUGGCAGGCUUGAACGACGCUAGUGGCAUCCAGACUCCGGAGAGCAAGGGACUGACAUCGUACGAGAGAUCUGUCAACGGCGCCGUCAACCAAAAGCAUGGCAAGGUCUCGCUAUUCAAACGCUGGCUCCGUCCAGACAUCUACUGCAACUACGAUGCUAUGCGGAAGCUGAUACCACACGAUUUCGUUGACAUCCACUACACUCCCGAGCAAGCACGUGACGCGUUUCAGCAUCCCUCCGUCACGGAUACGGUUCCGCUGUUGUGGGUUCCGAGGGAUGAGAUGGGUGUUUCGCGACAAGAAUGUCUGCAUACCAACAAGGUCACUCCUAUGACGGACGAGGGCGCGUACUUCAACGAGAAGGGCAAAAUCGUCUGGAACCGUGAGAGUGACGAGCGUCCACCGAUUUAUGAGGAGAAGGUCUAUUACUAG